GCUACUGCUACUACUAAUGCCGCCGCCAUGAUACCCUCUCCUUCUUUUCAACCUACUCUACAUCGCAAUUCAUCCUCUUCUAUCAUCACCACUCCUACUACAGCAGAUCAGCGUGAGUUAGCAAGAAAAGAAUCACACAGUGCAAUUGAGCGUAGAAGAAGAGAAAAGAUGAAUGAUAAAAUUAUUCAAUUAAAGGAAUUGAUCCCUUCUUGCUCUAACAAUAAAGAAACCCUUCAUAAAAUGAACAUCUUACAGAAUGCCAUUGACUAUAUUAUACACCUUCAAGAGACGAUUAAAAAAUUGGAGCGUAACACUACUCUGAAUGAAGAUACAUGCUUAUUAACUUGUAGAAAUAAUAAAAUGAAAGCUCAAGAGGAUCAUAACUCUACUAUUAAAGAAAACACACAGACCAAUCAUACAAAAAAUCAACAAUGUGUCAUAAAUCAAUCAAUACCUAUAGAGGAAGAUAAGAGACAAGAAGAAGAAGAAGACGAAGAAGAAGAUGAUGAUACUUGGUCUGCUUCAUCUUUAUCUUCAUUGAAAUCAAACUCACUUGUCAUGACUCCUCAAAAAGGCUUGAAACCUAUGGAUGUGAUUCAAAAUAAUAAUUCCCCUAUAUUACCACCAAAAAUAGUCAUUGCUAAAGGGUCACAAGAAAAUUCUCCUAAUCUUCAGUCUAAAUUACCAUCUGUCAAUAUGAAUAUCGAGAAUAUUUUAUGUUAAAUUAUUUGGCUUGUAUAUUAAAAAUAUAUCCUUAUUUUCAAAAAGAAAGAAUAGAAAAGAAAAAAAAAAAGUUGAUUACAUAAUGAAUGGAAACAUCGGAGAUUGAAUUUGUG